GACACCCAUCGUUUGGAUAGAACACUUUUCUGGAUUGCUUCUUUGUUCCGAAGAAACGACAGUAUCUGAUGGAGUACGUCAUCUACUAGUCCACUGAUGAGAUCUUGCAAUGGUUCCUCAGACUUGAGUUUCUUGCUAUUGGGUUCUUCCAUGCUCGAUAAUUUGUUUCUUCGUAUCAAAGAUGAAUGAUAGGAUACAAAGAUAAUUGAUGUUGCAGAAAUAUAUAUAUAUAUAUAUGUCAUCGUUGAUUCAAAUUUAGAAAAAUGGAAUGCUUUCCUAAUUCAAUUCAGGGUGCAGCUUCUAUUUCUAAGACUACCGUGUUUCCUAAAAGGCACACUUUCCUAAUUCAGUUCAGAAUACAACUUUGAAAAUACGACUUCUAAUUUCUAAGACAGGAUACGUUGGAGGAAAUAAUACUUUGAAUUCGAACUUGAUGUUUUCUUUCAGGUUCUCCGAGUUUUGAUGAAUUUGGAUGAUUCAUUGUCUGUAAUUUGGGUGAUAUUUUUGUGGCUUUGAUUGAUAUGAUCAUAAGCAAUGUGGGUUUUGAUUUCUUUGCGAGUUUUGAUUGUUUUUUUAUCCCAAAUAGAAUUUGAGUUUUGAUUUGUCUCAUCUUUUUGAGUUUGUGCUCGUUGGCUGUUUGGUAAAAUGUCUAAAUCAAGUGUUGUAGAUGUAAUAUCUAUGUUUGCCAUAGUGAUUGCUUAUGCUUGUCAGAUUGGGUAUGUUUGCCAGGUGGUCUAUCUUUCUUGUGUGAGGACUGAGGAGUGAUCUUAUAGUUCUUUAAAGGUACGAAGAAGCCUAAGCAAGUGGUAGUCAUAGUUGUGUAAGAGAAUUGGAGGAGGUCAUAGAUGGGCUCAUUGUAGAAUGUGAUUGAAAAAUUACAAGAGCUGUUAAGCACUUAAAGGAAUAUGAUGCUAAAGCUGCUAUUGCCAUCCCUUAGUCUGAGGUUAACCGGGUAAAUGGCUCUGGAUCACUAAUUUUCUGAUAUAAUUUCUUUGUUUCCUUUAAAAAAAUACAGUCACAUGUGGUGAUUGAGUUAUCAAAGAAAAUUGCGGAGAAGUUGAAAACUUGAUCGACUUGGUAUGUAAUGUUUCUUGCUAAUGGAAACUUUAUAUGCUUGCUAAUUGCUCUACUCAAUGCAAUGUACUCUAAUUGAUUUUUACCUUUUAAGGGAAGUUUCUGGAGCACAUUGACAUUUUGAGUGCAUGGGGAUUUUGUCAUUGCUGAAGAAAACGAAAUCACAUUUGCUUACAAGAAACUGAACGGUAGAACCGAUGAGUUUGUAGCAAGGGGUUUAGUUAGUUUGAUGAGAAAUUGGAGGAGAUGACAAUGUUUUUGUUGAGGAUAUUAGACAUGCUGAGAGGAUUGUACCUGCAAUUCAAGAGUAGAGGAUUCUUACUAGUGCUGUGCCAAAAUGAAACCUGGGUUUGAUCCUACUGAUACCUGAGCUCUUUUUCGAAGAUGGGGAUAUUCCUGAACAGAAGAUGGUAGAGACUGCCAUGGAUAACACACAUCACAAACAUCUUAAGGGAAUCAAGGAAUUGGGAGGUCCAACAGAUAGGAUUAGUCAGUUACCGGACCCAAUUAUUCAUCGCCAUUCUAUCUUUCCUUGAAACCAAAUUUGUGGUUCACACAAGUAUUCUAUCUAAAAGAUGGUGGUACAUCUGGACCACAAUGCCUACAUAUGAUUUUUUACUACAAGGUCAUCAAGAGUUUGAAACCAAGAGAUUCGAGAUCUGUGUAGACAAAAUGCUGUCUGGUCACCAACCUCUAUUUAGUAUAACAAAAUUUUCCCUAAGGUCUGAUGAACAUUUUGAUGCAUCUCAAGUUUAUCAGUGGAUUUCAAAUAUAGUUAGAUGUAACAUUGAAGAACUCAACCUCGCCUUGCCUGAUGAUCGACCCAUUAACCUUCCAAUCUCUCUUUUUACUUGUAAAUCACUUCUUGAGUUGAGAUUACAGCUAAAUAUUUGUCUCAGUCUUCCUGAAUUCAUCUGCAUCCCGAAACUCAAGAUUCUUCACCUUUCCAAUAUAGGCUUACAUAAGCUAUUAGCUGAGCAGCUCAUUCUGAAUGCCGCACUACUCGAAGAGUUAGUUUUAAGCAAAUGUCAGUGGUCAGAUUGGAACGAGAGUACCUUAAACAUUUCAGCUCCUGCAUUGAAAUACUUUCGUUUCUAUGAUCCUGUAACUCAUGACGGUGUGCGCAGUGGCACUGUCAAAAUUCAUGCACCAAAUCUACGGCACCUCACUUGCAUAGGAAAUAUUGCCAAGGACUAUGUUCUGUCUAGCUUUCCUUCAUUAGACGAUGCAGAAGUUUGUUUCAAGUUCAAAAGGAAUCUUCUUGACACAAGGGGUGCUGAAAUAGGCCUUGCUGCAAGUAAGCUUGUUGGAGCGCUUUCUAACGUUACGUCUCUAAUAAUUUCUGGUGAAACUCUUGAGGCUCUCUCUUUCGCAAAUGAUCUGCCGACAUUUCAAAAUCUAACCCACUUGACAGUGACCUCGGGGUGUAGAUCCCUUGCUGAUAAAGUACUACUUAAGUUGUUCCAAAGUGCUCCGAAUUUGGAGUCGCUUGUUUUGCAAGAGUUACCAAUGAACACACCCGAAUUCGGACAAGUUGUAUUUUGGAGCUUAAGUAUAGCAAUUGGGUGUCCACUUGCACGGCUAAAGUCAGUUCAUUUGGAGGAGUUUUCAUGGCACCCCAGGGAUAUGAGUUUCAUAAAACUAAUUUUGAAUAAUGCAAAAGUUUUUGAAAAAGCGACUUUUGGAACUACCACACCACCGAUAUCAGGCAUACUUGCGCGAAUCGAACUAAUGGAAAGACUUAAGUUAUGGUCCCCAGGAAGGUUAAAUCUCAUAAGAAGGCGAUGACUCCGUUUGAGUUAGUUGCAUUUAGAUACAGGCCCCCUGAGUUUUAUUUAAACGCAGCUGGAUUUCGACCAAGGCAUGGUUAGGUUUUGUAAUUUUUCUCGAUAUAUUAGUUUGGCAACUAAUACACGAAUUAUAUCAUCUGGA